AUUCUACGCAUCCUUUCACUACAGCAUCGCUCGCCCCAAUUUCUUUUCAAUCUUUUCUUUUUUACAGGAAAUAAGGUAAAGUAUGGAAGGCGGAGGACCACCUCAGCCGGCGGACACCGAGAUGGGGGAGGCCGCUCAACACAACCAGCAACAUCCGCCGCAGAUGGUCACCGGGAUGGAAAAUAUCCCGGCAACUCUUAGCCACGGCGGCAGGUUUAUUCAGUACAAUAUUUUUGGGAAUAUUUUUGAGGUCACUGCUAAAUACAAACCCCCUAUUAUGCCUAUCGGUAAAGGUGCCUACGGCAUCGUUUGUUCUGCAUUGAAUUCCGAGACAAAUGAAAACGUCGCGUUAAAGAAGAUCGCGAACGCAUUUGACAAUAAGAUUGAUGCAAAGAGAACUCUUCGUGAGAUUAAGCUGCUUCGUCACAUGGAUCAUGAAAACGUUGUUGCAAUCAGGGAUAUAAUUCCACCACCCCAAAGGGGAUGUUUUAAUGAUGUUUAUAUUGCAUAUGAGCUGAUGGACACUGACCUGCAUCAGAUAAUCCGUUCUAAUCAAGCUUUAUCAGAAGAGCACUGUCAGUAUUUCCUCUAUCAAAUCUUACGUGGGCUGAAGUAUAUACACUCUGCAAAUGUUCUACACAGGGACUUAAAACCUAGCAACCUUCUACUGAAUGCUAAUUGCGACUUGAAAAUAUGUGAUUUCGGACUGGCUCGUGUCACCUCUGAAAGUGACUUUAUGACUGAAUACGUUGUUACAAGAUGGUACCGUCCACCAGAACUGUUGCUAAACUCUUCGGAUUAUACUGCAGCCAUUGAUGUAUGGUCUGUGGGUUGCAUUUUUAUGGAAUUGAUGGAUCGGAAGCCAUUAUUUCCUGGAAGAGAUCAUGUGCAUCAGCUGCGAUUGCUUUUGGAGCUGAUUGGCACCCCAUCAGAAUCUGAAUUGGAGUUUUUGAAUGAAAAUGCUAAGAGAUACAUUCGGCAACUUGCUCAUUAUCGUCGACAAUCUUUCACUGAAAAGUUUCCGAAUGUCCACCCUUUAGCUAUUGAUCUUGUUGAAAAGAUGUUGACAUUUGAUCCUAGACAAAGGAUUACUGUGGAGGAUGCACUUGCUCAUCCCUAUCUAACGUCACUGCACGACAUAAGUGAUGAACCUGUAUGCAUGACCCCCUUUAACUUCGACUUUGAGCAGCAUGCAUUAACCGAGGAGCAGAUGAAAGAGCUGAUAUAUCGGGAAGCACUUGCAUUCAACCCGGAAUAUCUGCAGCAGUGACGAAUCCAUACCCCAUUGAUUUCUUGGUGAGCUUUGAUCAGUGUUGGUUGAUUUCUUCCUGUAUAUAUAUGUAAUAUUAUGUUAUUCCCAGAGCUGGAUGGCUCUCGGAAAUGAGAUAUUUAAUUAUGGGGAAAAGCAUGAAGGCAAAACAGUUGUAUCGGUGUUUGUAUGCACCGACUAUCUGGGUUUCU